AUGUUCGGAAUCAUAGCAGACCUACUGGCGGCCGUCGCCACGGUUCUUUUCCCCAUAUUCGCAUCCUACAAGGCCCUCCAGAGCGGCAAUGUGACGAACCUGGCGCCCUGGCUGAUGUACUGGGUCGUGUACUCGGCCAUCACCCUCGUCGAGUCCUGGCUGCUCUUCAUUCUCUCAUGUUAUACUGAUGCUGGUUGUGCUGCCAGGUUCCCGUUCUACAGCUGGAUACGGCUGUUUGCACUCUGCUACCUCGUCCUACCGCAGACCCAGGGCGCUAAGAGACUGUACCUCGAACACGUCGAGCCCUUCCUGAGCCACCAUGAGCGGGAGAUCGAGGAGUUUAUCGGCCAGGCCCACUCACGAGGCAGUGCGAUGGGACUGCAGUACCUGAAGAAACUGAUCGAUCUGGUGCGGACGAAGGCGAUGGGUCUCCCGCCGCUGUGGGAAGGGCAGGGACAGGCCCAGGCCGAGUCGAACGUCCCGGCUCCGUCGUACGCCCAGUCACUCUUCUCUCGCUUCAGUCUGCCCGCUGGUGUUGGGGGUGCGGCUGGCGGUGCUGGUGCUGGUGCGGGAGCAGGCUUCGGCGCACCAGACUUUGUGUCGAUGAUAGGUGGUGUGUUGGGAGGAGGAGCAAAGAGUCCCGAUGCUCAGGCCGCGGAGCUGAGUGCUAGUGGCAGGCUGCUGCCUCACCAUGUUGCUUCUGCCCCGAGAUCAGAGCAGGCAGCGUACAUCGCCUCGCAGCGAGACCGCCUCAAGGUGCUGCUGUCGGCGUACGAUCGGGAGUUUGGCAGCCUCAGCUCCGGCGGUGUCGAUGUCGGUGGCCCUGCUGGCUUCGAGCAUGAGUCCAGCGGUCUACGCAAGAAUAGGAGCGACAACUCGUUUGAGAACAUCGAGCAUGAGGAUCUGGGUGCCUCUUCGGCCUUUGAUAGAGAUCGGUUCGUGGACCAGAGGCGGCCUCGGAUGGGUGAUUUCGAAUAG